AUGAUGGAUCUAGAACUUUGUUGGGACGGUAAUUCCAUAACGGCUGGCUUUCUUCCUUGCUCUCACCUCCAACUCAACCCUAUUGUCAACAUCGGCACCAUGCGAUCCUCAGCCUUCGUCUCCGGAGCCAUUCUGGCCAUGCUUCAGGCCAUUCCUUCCGGCGCCCUGCCGGCUAGUGAUGCCAAAUCGGCCCAGGGCCCCAUUCCCGGUUACGGUAUCCGGGAUAUUACCUGGGAAGUCAAGGCUCACCCGGAUGGCCCUACCAUGAACGUGACCGGCACCAUUCAGCAGGUUUACGAUGCCCUGGACAAGGCCAACCCCAACUUCCGUCAGGACUUUGGCAUCAACAACACCGCCGACAACUCUGUGCUCGCUGCGACCACGGAGUCCGACAGCUCUUACGAGCUCCAGUCGCUUGUCUGCAAUGUGUUCGAUUAUGCCCAGAGGACUGCUACCACGAAGGGCGUCGAGUACCUCAACAGUGUCCCCGGUUCGCCUGCCAACGGACCCGGCCCCGGCAACUGCGGGCGCGUUAGCUGCUCAUAUGAGAGCGCUAUCUAUUGGUGCAAUGAUAACCCGGACGUCAUGUCACUCGACUCGUACGGCUCCAUUAGUUGGGCUGUCCAGUUUGUUCUGGACUCAGACAACAGCGACUGCGGCAAGAUUUGGGGCGAACUCGCUGAGGACGACGGCGUCAAGGGCCAGGUCUUCCUUAAGGGCAACUGGAACGUUGUCGUCCGCAAGGAUGAGUGCUAA